ACUACUUCCUUCUCUCAGAAAGUGGGAGUAGAGCCCAGAGCUCGGGAAGUGAAGGAUGAUAAUGGCUUCUUCGUCUCCUUCGGCUUCUCCUUCUGCUCAGCUUUCUCUUCUCUCCAAGCCCUUGCCGCCGCGUCAAUCGGUCCAGCUCCUCUUCAACGUCACCCAGUCGCGGGCCGGGCCGCGUGGAGCGGCGAGCUCCCGGUUCAGGUGCUUCGCCGGCCAGACUGGAUUCUUCUCGCGGCUCGGCCGCUUGAUAAAGGAGAAGGCGAAGAACGACGUGGAGAAGAUAUUUUCUGGAGGAUUCUCGAAGACGAGGGACAACCUUGCCGUAAUCGACGAGCUUCUCCUCUACUGGAACCUCGCGGACACUGAUCGUGUCCUUGACGAACUCGAAGAGGUUCUGCUGGUGGCUGAUUUCGGACCAAAAAUUACAAUUAGGAUUGUGGAGGGCCUGCGUGAGGAUAUUUUGGCAGGGAAGCUCAAGUCAGGAAGUGAGAUUAAGGAUGCUUUAAGGAAGAGCGUCUUGGAGAUUUUAACAUCCAAAGGGAGCAAAACAGAGCUUAAACUCGGGUUCAGGAAGCCAGCUGUGAUCAUGAUUGUCGGAGUAAAUGGAGGUGGAAAGACGACUUCUCUUGGGAAGCUGGCUUAUAGAUUGAAAAAUGAAGGAGCCAAGGUGUUACUGGCAGCAGGCGACACAUUCAGAGCAGCUGCCAGUGAUCAACUGGAAAUAUGGGCAGAGAGAACUGGGUGCGAGAUUGUUGUAGCUGAAAGAGAGAAUGCUAAAGCAUCAUCAGUUCUUUCACAGGCUGUGAAAAGAGGGAAAGAAGAAAGAUUUGAUAUUGUCUUGUGUGACACAUCUGGACGUUUGCAUACUAAUUACAGCUUGAUGGAAGAGCUGAUUGCAUGUAAGAAAGCUGUGUCCAAGGUGGUUUCUGGUGCACCAAACGAGAUUUUGCAAGUUCUGGAUGGGACGACAGGUCUGAAUAUGCUUCCACAGGCAAGAGAGUUCAAUGAUGUGGUCGGGAUAACUGGGUUAGUCUUGACAAAGCUUGAUGGUUCUGCCAGAGGUGGCUGUGUGGUUAGUGUGGUUGAUGAGCUAGGUAUCCCUGUGAAGUUUGUCGGCGUGGGUGAAGGUGUAGAAGAUCUCCAACCCUUUGAUGCCGAGGCAUUUGUUAAUGCCAUAUUCUCAUGAGGCUUAACGUGGGUACAUUUCCUGGUUCUUCUGUUAGGAUGCGAGAAUUGCUAGCCAACCAGUUAUUCUGAGGGGCACUUGCUCGAGAGAUGAGGUGAUGAAAGAAUAAUAUACUCAUGAUGAGAGUGAGUGAUUCUUGGCAUGAAGUUAUGUUGCAGCGGGUCCUGAAGAAUAUUCUCUGUCCUCGGUGAGUUCUGAUGGACCACAAGGUGAUUUUUCUCCCUCUUCUCUUGACAUUUCAAAUCCUUGGCAUUUACGUGUAGCGUUUUGUGGAUUAUUGUUUUGUUGUACAUGUAAGGUGCAAAGAUAGACGUGAUUUUUCAGUCUUAUCUCAGCCCGAUUCGACUGCUUUUUGAAACUUUACGGCAGUUUCACCUGAGCUCGAGUCUUUCUUGUAUUUAGCUGAGCCAACUUCGUAGUUUCAUAUUACAAAAAUUUCUA